AGCAGCCCAGGCCUCAGAGCCACAGGUGGCUCGCCCAGCGCGCAGAGCCUCCCCUGCCCAUGGCGGUGGCCGAGCUCUAUACGCAGUACAAUAGGGUGUGGAUUCCUGAUGCUGAAGAAGUUUGGAAAUCUGCAGAAAUAGCUAAGGACUACAAAGCUGGUGACAAAGAUCUGCAGCUUCUGCUGGAGGAUGGGACGGAGCUGUAUUACCCCAUCCAUCUCGGAGCUCUGCCUCCUCUCCGGAAUCCUGACAUACUGGUGGGUGAGAAUGACCUUACAGCCCUCAGCUACCUCCACGAGCCUGCUGUUCUCCAUAAUCUCAGAAUUCGCUUUGCAGAAUCCAAGCUUAUUUACACUUACAGUGGAAUCAUUUUGGUGGCAAUGAAUCCUUACAAGCAGCUGCCAAUAUAUGGAGAUGCCAUCAUCCAUGCUUACAGUGGGCAGAACAUGGGGGAUAUGGACCCACAUAUAUUUGCCGUGGCAGAAGAGGCAUACAAGCAGAUGGCCAGAAACCAUAAAAACCAGUCAAUCAUUGUAAGUGGGGAGUCGGGUGCUGGGAAGACAGUGUCUGCUCGCUACGCCAUGAGGUACUUCGCCAUUGUCAGCAAGUCAGGCAGCAACACUCAUGUGGAGGACAAGGUCCUGGCCUCUAACCCCAUCACUGAGGCUGUUGGGAAUGCCAAGACCACCCGCAAUGACAACAGCAGCCGCUUUGGGAAAUACACAGAAAUCAGUUUUGAUGAGAGAAAUCAAAUUAUAGGAGCCAAUAUGAGAACUUACCUGCUGGAAAAAUCCAGAGUUGUCUUUCAAUCAGAAAAUGAACGAAAUUACCACAUUUUCUACCAACUUUGUGCAUCAGCUCAGCAGUCGGAAUUUAAACAUCUUAAAUUGGGAGGAGCAGAGGAAUUUAACUACACAAGGAUGGGUGGCAGUACUGUCAUUGAGGGUGUGGAUGACAGGGCGGACAUGAUAGAGACUCAGAAGACCUUCCAACUGCUGGGCUUCAAGAAGGAUUUCCAGAUGGAUGUUUUUACAGUCCUGGCAGCCAUCCUACACCUGGGCAAUGUGCAGAUCAUGACCAUGGGCAACGAGAGAUCUUCAAUCAGUGAGGAUGACAGCCACCUGCAAGUGUUCUGUGAGCUCCUGGGCCUGGAGGUGGGUAAAGUGGCUCAGUGGCUAUGCAAUCGCAAAAUCAUCACAGCCUCUGAGACAGUGAUAAAACCCAUGGCCAAACCCCAGGCUGUCAAUGCCCGGGAUGCCCUGGCCAAGAAGAUCUACACACACCUGUUUGACUUCAUCGUGGAGAGAAUUAACCAAGCCCUGCGGUUCUCAGGCAAGCAGCACACUUUUAUUGGUGUUUUGGACAUUUACGGAUUUGAAACCUUCGAUGUGAACAGUUUUGAACAGUUUUGCAUCAAUUAUGCUAACGAAAAGCUGCAGCAGCAAUUUAACCUGCAUGUCUUUAAACUUGAACAAGAAGAGUACAUGAAGGAGGACAUCCCUUGGACACUGAUUGAUUUUUAUGACAACCAACAAGUUAUUGACCUCAUUGAAGCCAAAAUGGGUAUUUUGGAGCUAUUGGAUGAAGAGUGCUUGUUGCCACAUGGAACAGAUGAAAACUGGCUGCAAAAGUUGUACAAUAAUUUUGUCAACAAGAACACUCUGUUUGAGAAGCCUAGAAUGUCAAACACCUCCUUCAUCAUCCAGCACUUUGCAGACAAGGUCGAAUAUAAAUGUGAAGGUUUCCUGGAGAAGAAUAGAGAUACUGUCUAUGACAUGCUGGUUGAAACCCUGAGUGCAAGCAAGUUUCAUCUCUGUGCCAAAUUUUUUCAAAACAAUCCGAUUCCAUCUUCCCCCUUUGGAUCAGGGAUCACAGUUAAAUCUGCAAAGCCAGUCAUCAAACCAAACAGCAGACACUUCCGCACCAGUGUGGGGAGCAAGUUCCGAAGCUCUCUGUACUUGCUCAUGGAGACCCUCAAUGCCACCACACCCCACUAUGUUCGCUGCAUCAAGCCAAAUGACAGGAAGCUGCCCUUCGAAUUUGACUCCCAAAGAAUUGUCCAGCAGUUGCGAGCCUGUGGUGUCUUGGAAACUAUUCAUAUCAGUGCACAGAGCUACCCUUCCAGGUGGACAUACAUUGAAUUCUUCAGUCGCUACGGUGUGCUCAUGACCAAGCAGGAGCUGAUGGGCAGUGAUAAAAAGGAGGUGUGCAAAGUGGUCCUCCACAGGCUCAUUCAGGAUUCUGAUCAGUACCAAUUUGGUAAGACCAAAAUUUUCUUCAGAGCUGGACAAGUGGCUUAUUUAGAGAAACUCCGACUGGAUAAGCUGAGGCAGGGCUGUGUGCUGAUCCAAAAGCAUGUCCGGGGCUGGCUCCAGAGGAGAAAGUUCCUUCAAAAGAGACAAGCUGCCUUGACAAUCCAGCAGUACUUCCGGGGUCAGCAGACAGUGAGGAAAGCCAUUACUGCAACAGCCCUAAAGGAAGCCUGGGCCAUCAUCAUCAUCCAGAAGUACUGCCGUGGAUAUCUUGUCCGCAAUUUAUAUCAGCUGAUUCGUGUGGCCACCAUCACCAUCCAGGCUUACACCCGAGGAUUCUUGGCGAGGAGGAAGUAUCGAAAGAUGCUGAAGGAACACAAAGCUGUGAUUCUUCAGAAAUACGCAAGAGCAUGGCUGGCCAGGCGCAGGUUUCAGAAUAUCCGACGAUUUGUGCUCAACAUUCAGCUUACUUACAGAGUCCAGCGUUUACAGAAGAAGCUAGAAGAUCAGAACAAAGAGAACCAUGGACUGGCAGAAAAGCUGACCAGCUUAGCCACUCUUCGGGCUAGUGACAUGGAGAAAAUGCAGAGAAUGGAAUUAGAACUGGACAAAGCAGCUACCCACAAGCACAAUUAUGAAGAGAAGGGGGAAAAAUACAAGGCGGCCAUGGAAGAGAAAUUGGCAAAGCUGCAGAUGCAAAAUUCCAAAUUGGAAAAAGAAAAGGAACAAGUACAACUGCAGCUUCAAGAAAAGACUGAAGAGUUAAAAGAUAAAAUGGACAACCUCACCAAGCAGUUCUUUGAAGACUUGCGCAAAGAAGAAAGGCAAAGAAUACUUCUUGAAAAAAGUUCUGAACUGAAAUCGCAUAACUAUGAGAUACACAUUAAAUCACUGAAAGAAGAAAUCAAUGUUCUCAAGGAUGAGAAGAUGCAGCUCCAGAGUGAGUUAGAGAAAGAGCGUAUCACUUCUGAAAGCCUCAAGGAAGAUGUGGCCCAGCUGAGCAAACAGGCAAAGACAAUCUCUGAGUUUGAAAAGGAGAUAGAGCUGCUUCAGACACAGAAGAUAGACAUGGAAAAACAUGUGCAGUCACAAAAACGAGAAAUGAGAGAAAAGAUGUCAGAGAUCACCAACCAACUUCUUGAAAGCUAUAACAUAGAAGAUGUACGAAACAGGCUUUCUGUGGAAGAUCUGGAGCAUUUAAAUGAGGAUGGAGAGAUUUGGUUUGCUUAUGAAGGAUUAAAGAAAGCAACAAGAGUCUUAGAGAGCCAUUUCCAGUCCCAGAAGGAUUGCUAUGAAAAAGAGAUUGAAGCUUUGAACUUCAAAGUGGUACAUCUAAGUCAAGAAAUCAACCACCUCCAGAAAUUAUUCAGAGAAGAAAAUGACAUCAACGAAAGCAUCCGCCACGAAGUUACCAGGCUAACAUCUGAAAAUAUGAUGAUCCCAGAAUUUAAACAGCAAAUCUUAGAACUGGAGAAACAGAAGCAAGAUCUUGAAAUUCGCCUCAAUGUACAAACAGAACACACGAAAGGGAAACAGGAAGAACUGCCUAAUCGGCUGAAUCACAAUCAAGAAGAAGGCACACAGAGAAAGACCAUAAGAACCCAAAAUGAAGUACACCCCAAAGAGAAAGAGAAACUGACUCACGAGAUGCAGGAAACCAGUGAACACUUGGAGAAACAAUGUGAAACUGAGAGUGAAGUGAAGAGCAGUUUCCAGCAGGAAGUCUCUCGCCUGACUGUGGAAAACAGGGAUCUUGAGGAAGAGUUAGACAUGAAGGACAGAGUGAUCAAAAAGCUACAAGAUCAAGUCAAGACUUUAACCAAGACAAUGGGGAAAGCCAAUGAUGUUUACUUGCCCUCAGGACCCAAAGAGUACCUUGGAAUGCUGGAAUACAAGAGAGAAGAUGAAGCCAACCUCAUUCAAAACCUCAUUCUUGAUUUGAAGCCCCGUGGCGUGGUUGUGAACAUGAUUCCAGGGCUACCUGCUCACAUCCUGUUCAUGUGUGUGCGCUACGCAGACUAUCAGAAUGAAGCCAGCAUGCUCAAGUCCCUCAUGAACAGCAUCAUUAAUGGCAUCAAGCAAGUGGUGAAGGACCACUUAGAAGACUUUGAAAUGGUGUCCUUUUGGCUUUCCAACACUUGUCACUUCCUCAACUGCCUAAAGCAGUACAGUGGAGAAGAGGAAUUCAUGAAGCAUAACAGUGCACAUCAGAAUAAGAAUUGUUUGACCAAUUUUGACCUUUCAGAAUACAGACAGAUUCUUAGUGAUGUGGCUAUACGAAUAUAUCAUCAGUUCAUUAUGGUCAUGGAAAACAACAUUCAACCAAUGAUAGUGCCAGGCCUACUGGAGUACGAAAGUCUGCAGGGUAUUUCUGGCCUGAAGCCUACAGGCUUUCGUAAACGCUCCUCCAGUAUUGAUGACACGGAUGCCUACACUAUGGCCUCCAUCCUGCAGCAGCUUAGCUACUUCUACAGCACCAUGUGCCAGAACGGCCUAGAUCCAGAACUCGUGAGACAGGCUGUGAAGCAGCUCUUCUUCCUGAUCGGGGCAGUCACUCUCAAUAGCCUCUUCCUGCGCAAAGACAUGUGUUCCUGCAGAAAAGGGAUGCAGAUAAGGUGCAACAUCAGCUACUUAGAAGAAUGGCUUAAAGAUAAGAAUUUGCAGAGCAGUUUAGCCACGGAGACGUUGGAACCUCUCUCUCAGGCAGCCUGGCUGCUUCAGGUCAAGAAGAUUACAGACAGCGACGCCCAGGCCAUCUAUGAGCGCUGCACCUCCUUGUCUGCAGUGCAGAUCAUAAAGAUCCUGAAUUCAUACACACCUAUAGAUGACUUCGAGAAAAGAGUGACUCCAUCUUUUGUCCGAAAAGUACAGGCUCUCCUGAAUAGCCGGGAGGAUUCAUCACAGCUGAUGUUGGAUACCAAAUAUCUCUUCCAAGUCACCUUCCCCUUUACUCCUUCUCCACAUGCUCUGGAAGUACUCCAGAUCCCCAGCAGUUUCAAGCUGGGCUUUCUGCGUCGAUUAUAGCAGGAGAAAAAAGAGUAAAUGGAUGCUCCUUUUUAAUGACAAGUUCAGGUCAAAUAUGAGGCAUGCAGCUUAUUGAUUAGAACUGGAAAUGAUUUUGGAAUGUAAUUUAUGGAACUAGAAUUCUCUCAAAUGAGCCACUCCUCCUGCUCAGGGUGAUGGUGCUACCUCUGCAAUAUUGUAAGAAUGGUCAUACUCCUAUUGCGAUUGGAAAGGCCAUGUCUAGCUUUAGAAUCUCAACCAAAUUUCACUGGAAUACCUGGAAGACUGGAAGACUUUUUUUUUCUUCUUCUUUCAUGGUGUGUCACAUGGUCUGGAUAUAUCUUGUGACAGGGUCCUAUCCAUAGGGAGCAAAAUAUAGAAGCACAAUAUCUUUCACAUUUCCUAAGGUUCAUGUGAAGUCAGAGAUAUAUUCUGUCCAUGUUUUGUUUUAGUUUUCAUCAUCAAGGGAGGUUAGAACUUGUUGAAUGUUUUUUUCUCUAUCUAUUGACACAGUCAUGUGAAUUUUGGACUUCACUGAUAUGGUGAGUCACAAUGAUUGAUUUAUAUAUGUCAGGUUCCUCUAAGUUUUCAGCUACUAUUCAAUCUGGAAUAAACCAUGAAGUCUACUUAUGCAUGUAUCUAUUUAAAAUGAACAUGUUAGUAAAGAUUAGUUGCCACAUGUCAAGAACAUUUCAUUAAAUGUUACUUGCUGGCAUAUUUGUUAUAAGUCUCACACUGUAUAAUGUCUCUCAUAUGGUAAUUAAAAAAUUAAUUUUUAAGGUUGUUUUAA